AUGGACAAGAUAGAGAAGCUCUCCGUUGCCAAACCUGAUCAUUUUCACAACAAUUUGACUGCUUGUUUCUAUGCAGGACUAGUAGUUGAGGGAAAAUCUUUGUCUGUGCCUGUGAGCAUGGAGAGAAAACAUAAACUUGAAACCAAUGAUACAGCAUGGAAGCUGAAAAAAAUUGUUUUUUCUUCUGCGGCUUUACUUGCAGAAAAAAUAUCAAUGGAGAGUUCAUCAAGAUAUAUCAGGGCUUCUCAGGCUCAGUCUUCCAUUUCAUUAAAACAGAUAAGAAGCGGAUAUGAACCCUCUGAUACGGAGACCGAUUGGCAAGAAAGUCGUGAUCACUAUCCAAAGAAAGAAGUAUUGGCUUAUCAAGUGCCGAAAAUAGAGACGGAUUUACCAAGAAGCAACACCACCACAAGUCCUUUGAGACACCACCGGAGACAUGCUUCCAAGAUUGAGAACAAUAAUGGGUCUGGUUCUUCUCCUAAAGUUAGCUCGCUGAACAGGAGACACAGCAGCAAGUCACCCUACAAGACAAGAAUUGAUGAUAACCAUUAUUUUUCACCAAUUUCGAGUCGUCGAAAUAUCAGUCCCCUCUCGAAAUCUGAGCGUCGAAGACAAGUUUCACCUUAUAAACUUGGGAGAGAGGAGCUUGGUUUGAGUAGUAACAUGGUUGAAGAUAAUGAGACUGUAGGUGCAAACAAAAAUCAAAGCCGAAGAACACUAACUAGAGAUGAAAAAGGAGAUUACUACUCUCAGCUUCCUGAGGUUACAGCUUAUAGUCGUCGAUCAAAGACUGCACCAAGACUAAGAACGAGACAAAAAGAUCAACAAAAAAACAAUCACGGCCAUGUAGAGCAAAGAGAUCACGGAAUAUUAUCACCAUUGUCAAGGAACAUGAUUCGGAAACAAAGAGAGACAGUUCCCCAAGUGAAAGCAACAUCUGUUGGUGAACUCAAUGAAAUGGUUGCACUUGUGAAGAUUUCUAAAAGUCCUAGAAAUAACACGCUAAAUUUUGAGAGCACUGAGUCGAUUUCACCUGGGGAUAUAUUCUUUUCUCGUGAAGUCUUUGCAAAGAAUGGUGGUGAUCAAGUCCAAGUCCAACACGAUUUGUAUCCAAGGCCAACAGUAUUUUCACAAAGAGAUCCAUUUUGUCAUCAACAUGGUAGAACAAAUGGUAGUAUUGAUCAUCACCCCCAGAAAGCUUCAGCAAGUUCAGGAUUUUCUCGGGUAACCCUGACAACCAACUCUGCUGUUAGCAGACAGAGCAGUGGUAAGCUUAGCUCGGAAACUAGUAAGGUAAGUGAUGCAAGUGGUAAAUCAACCGGAAGCUCGAAAAAGUUUGCGGCUAACAGGCGGAAGAGCCAAUCAGAUGCAUGGUUUUCUUGUAUGAGGAAGGGAACUUGCAGGAGAUCAAAAUCCAGAUCACCACCUAAACGAGCAUUUGAUGAAGCUUCCUUCAUUGAGAAGGCAAUUGUGGUUGAAAAUCUGAGACAAUUUUGGGUUGAUAAGCAUCAACCUAACUCGUUGAAUGGAUUCACUUGCCACAAACAUGAAGCUCAGCUUCUCCAGCAACUUGUUUCUGAAGACAACUAUCCCCAUAUCUUGUUCAAGGGACCAUCUGGUUCUGGGAAAAGAGCACUAGCGAUGGCUCUGCUACGAGAAAUAUAUGGUGAUACUUGCUGGAAUGACAAAAGGCCUAUGCAAGUAUUCGUCCCAGUAACAUCCAGCGCUCACCACGUUGAGCUCAAUGUUAACUUGGAACCAAAUGCUAAAUCUGCACUGAUGGGUUUAGUCAAAGAAAUAAGAAAUCACUAUGAUACCAUCCCAGAAGUCAGCAAUGUAAAUUUCAAGACUGAUUACAAAGCAAUAGUUCUUUAUGAAGUUGACCAAGCAGGAGAGAGUAUCCAACAUUUGAUCAAAUGGAUUAUGGACUGUUACUCGGAUGCUUGUAAACUCAUACUCUGCUGUGAGGACGAUGUAGACAUUAUAGAAUCGGUGAAGAACCGCUGCAAUGUUAUCAAGGUCGAUGCGCCUGUAACACAUGAAAUAAUGGAGAUUCUCAUUCAGAUAGCAAAGAAAGAGGACUUUGAACUAUCCAUGAGCUUUGCUGCUAAGAUUGCUACCAAAUCAAAACAGAACUUGAGAAAAGCUAUAAUGGCUCUCGAAGCAUGCAAAGCACACAAUUAUCCUUUUGCUGAUGACCAACCAAUUGCACUCGGAUGGGAAGAAGUCUUGAUAGAACUGGGCGCAGAAAUUUUGGCCGAUCCAUCACCUAAAAGAUUAUUCUUGGUGCGGGGAAAGAUUCAGAAGCUUCUUGUGGAUUUUGUUCAUCCCAAACUAAUUCUUUUGAAGCUCGUAGAAGAGUUCCUUAAGGGUGUUGAAGGUAGCUUAAAAAGGGAAAUAUAUUACUGGCAUGCUUAUUAUGAUAAGAGGCUCCCAACAGGAACAAGUGCUUUACUGAAAUUAGAAGAAUUUGUGGCCAAAUUCAUGAGCGUAUACAGAAAGGGUGCGGCUAAUCGUCAGUAUAUGUGAUUCACAUGGGACUGGAGAAAGGUUGCUAUCAUCUUGUUACGUAUCAAUAGGUUUUUAUUGAGUUGCUGUUACUAUAUUUCAGAAAGAUACAAUUAGAGGCCCUGAGUUUUUCAGGGUUUAACAAAGAUAUGGACGUCUCCCUCCCUGUGUCAACAAAGAGAAAACAGUAUGAGUACAUAAUGUGCGCAACGCACUUGUAUGUUACGAGAUCUCACAGGGUUUGAAUUUCCAAACAACUGGAA